AUGGCAGCUUCCCGAGAAGGCGUUCGCUUGGCGAGAGCCUUGAGGCAAAAAUUGCCAAUUUAUCAGUCUGCUCCGCUAUGCGCAAGAGGGUUUGUCUCGACCAGAGCGGCACAGAAUGCGACUGUGAAACCAGACAGCAUCGCCGAUAUCGAGUCAACCUCUUCGUUUUCGACGCCGCAGCCUAGUAAAGAUGUUCUCAAAGCUUUUGAAGAGUCACAGCAGCAGGGCGAAACAGAAAGAAGGCUCCCUGGUAACCGAUACCAAUAUCAUCCUCCCAAAUACAAUCGAGGCCCUCUGCACCCAGUCCAGGCACCACCCUCGUCCGAACCAACUGCUCGUGACUUCGUUCCUGGGCCUUUCAGCUUCCCUCGCUUGAAGCACACAUAUGAGAGCACUAUUGCGCCCGACCUCAUGACCCUCACAUACAACCAUACCCCUCCCGGGACAGUACCAGUCGAAUCGCAAAAGGGAGUUUUGCGCCAAUGGGACGGAUCUUCUCCAUACCACAAGAACCGACCGAGCAGAGGACCAAGAGGUGGAGGCUCGUCAAGGCUAGGAAUAUUGGAGCGAGACAUCUCCUGGCACAAUAUUCCUGACAUCGAGGCCGUCACCAUCAACUCCUAUGCUCCUCUGGCCGCUGACAACAAGGAGUACCUUCAUGUGGCUCGAGCCGUUGUCCAGGCCAUCAGCGGCCAGUUUCCCGAUGUCACGACUGUGAAGCACAACGUCAUCCACUGGGGCGUCCGAAAGGGAUCAAAGGCCGGUGCCAAGACCACCCUGCGCGGCGCUGCGGCAUACGACUUUGUCGAUAAACUGGUGACGUUGGUUCUGCCCAAGAUCAAGGAUUGGCCCGGUAUCAAGGCCUCCAGCGGCGACGAUGCGGGCAACAUUGCCUUUGGCAUGAAGCCUGCCUGGAUGUCGUACUUUCCCGAGAUUGAGUUCAACUACGAUAUGUAUCCUCCUAAGCUGAUGCCUGGCUGCGAUAUCUUCAUUCACACCACUGCUACCUCCGAUAGGCAAGGCAGGCUGCUCAUGGAAGCAUUGGGAUUCCCUUUCUACGGAAAAGUUACGCACUGA